AGGUCAGCGCUCCAUGUUGCGGCGCUGCGUGGCACUGGCACCGACUGGCUCUGACUGCGCCGCGCACGCACGCACGCACGCACGCACGCCGUGAUUGUCCUCCACACUUGGCAGAUUCGGUUCGUCAGCCCGGAUCCCCGCUGACUGCUGCAGCCCGAGCCCGAGCCGCGUCCACCCAUGGGUGUCGCUACGGCGACCGUUUCCUGCGAUUGGACCGAUUGUAGCCGCUUAUCUCAGUGCAGUUAUUCAGAGUCACUCAAAGCUGUUCCGGACCGACGGGAAACGUGCGGACUGAUCGGCUGAUUUGGAUCGAGGAGCCUUGCGGCGCGCCUGCGACAGACGCGGAACCGGAGCGGCGGCAGAAGGCGGCGCGGAUGUGAUGCCAAACCUGUCCAGAAAAAACAAAGGUUCGAGCCUGGGAAAGAAACCUGCUGGGUGUCCCCUCUGGAGAGGACAGCCCAGAGAAAUGUAGCGCUCUGCUUCCCUCAAAGCCGGAUUUGGAGACCUGCCUGCUGUCUACUCAUGAUUUUUCUAGUCUAGUCCUGGACAUCUGCUGCGGUCAUGUUUAGGAACAGCUUGAAGAUGCUGCUGACGGGGGGGAAGGCCAACCGCAAGAGUCGCAGCAGUGAUGGUGGGAGCGAGGACUUUGGAGACCCACGCUCGCCCAGUCUAGACCCUCACCUGAGCCACGUCGGCCAAGGUGGCAGCAUAGACAGUGACUGUGCUUUCGAAGGAGACUACUCCGUGCCGCCGCUCUCAAUGACCGAGGGCAUGCAGCACAUCCGUAUAAUGGAGGGCGUGUCGCGCUCGUUGCCCUCCUCGCCGCUGCUCACCCACCAGACCAUCAGUGUCAGGCUCCAGCCAAUGAAGAAGCUCACAGCCCCUCUGCGGAAAGCAAAGUUUGUGGAGAGCCCUCGCAUUCCACAAUCAGAGCUUGGCUCCCCUACACUCACCUCCACCACUGCCAAGAAUCCAGACCUGGACACAUACUGCCCUGGGGAGUCAAGCCAGGAGCUGGGCCCCCCUCCGUCGGUGGAUGAGGCAGCCAACACAUUGAUGACGCGCCUGGGUUUCCUUCUGGGAGACAAAGUGAGCGAGGGGCCAGCCGGCACCCAGUACAGCAUGGAGGAACCCGAGGCGAGACAGGGCCAGAACCAGAGGAUCAGCCCGUGCUCCACCCUGACCAGCAGCACUGCCUCUCCCCCUGCAGGGAGCCCCUGCUCCACCCUCCCUCCUGCCAUGCCCGGACAGGCUGGCAACAAGGACUGCGCCUAUGGUUCUGUCACCAGCCCCACGUCAACACUGGAGAGCAGAGACAGCGGGAUUAUCGCUACUCUGACCAGCUACUCAGAGAACAUGGAGCGAGGCGGCAAAUACGGUGAGGGAUCCCGGGGAAACCUGAAACUGUGGCAGUCCCAGAAAUCAGGCAUGGACUCGUUCCUGUACAGGGUGGAUGAAAACAUGACUGCCUCUACCUACAGCCUCAACAAAAUCCCUGAGCGCAACCUGGACAGCAUGUCCUCCCACUCCGCCCACUCCAUCCCUCUGUACCUCAUGCCCCGUCCUAACUCUGUGGCUGCCACUAGUUCGGCCCACCUGGAGGACUUGGCGUACCUGGAUGAGCAGCGGCACGCCCCGCUACGCACCUCGCUGCGCAUGCCCAGACAGAGCACCACCUGCGGGCCGGGUCGCUCCGGGCAGGACCUGCGAGCUUCUGCUAAUAACACCCAUGCCUGGCAAUCCCAGUCACUGCGCUUUGCACCGUAUCGGCCUCAAGACAUCGCCCUCAAGCCUCUACUGUUCGAGGUGCCCAGCAUCACCAUGGACUCCGUCUUCACCGGCCGCGAGUGGCUCUUCCAGGAGGUCGACGCCCACCUCAACAGCCCCAACUGCAGCACCAACCGCGGCGUGGUCGUGGUGGGCAACAUCGGCUUCGGGAAGACCGCCAUCAUCUCCCGCCUGGUGGCGCUGAGCUGCCACGGCACCCGCAUGCGGCAGAUCGCCUCCGACAGCCCCCAGGCCUCCCCCAAACAUGGAGAGGGCCUCCCUCUCACCCAGCCACAGCCCACGCAUGGCACCCUGGGAGGAGGCAGCUGUCCUGGAACCCCUGAGAUGAGGCGGCGUCAGGAAGAGGCCAUGAGGAGGCUGGCAUCUCAGGUGGUGGCGUACCACUACUGCCAGGCCGAUAAUGCCUACACCUGCUUGGUACCGGAGUUUGUGCACAACGUGGCGGCUCUUCUGUGCCGCUCGCCGCACCUCGUUGCCUACAGGGAGCAGCUGCUGAGGGAGCCACAUCUGCAGAGCAUCCUGAGUCUGCGCUCCUGCGUCCAGGAUCCCCUGGCUUCUUUUAGGAGGGGAGUCCUAGAGCCGCUGGAUGUACUUUACAAAGAGAGGAAGAUCAACUCUGAGGAGGAUCUCAUCAUCCUCAUCGAUGGUCUGAAUGAAGCAGAGUUCCACAAGCCAGACUACGGAGACACCAUUGUGUCCUUUCUCAGCAAAACCAUCAACAAAUUCCCUCCUUGGCUUAAACUGGUAGUGACAGUCAGAACCACAUUACAGGAGAUCACCAGCGCGCUGCCUUUCCACCACAUCUCUCUGGACAGCCUGGAUGACAACGACGCCAUAGAUCAGGACCUGCAGGGCUACAUCCUGCAUCGCAUCCACAGCAGCCCAGAGAUCCAGAACAACAUCUCGCUCAACGGCAAGAUGGACAACACCACCUUCGGCAAGCUCAGCGCCCACCUCAAGGCCCUGAGCCAGGGCUCCUACCUGUACCUCAAACUCACCUUUGACCUCAUCGAGAAGGGCUACCUUGUCCUCAAAAGCUCCAGCUAUAAGGUGGUUCCCGUGAACCUGGCAGAAGUGUACCUGCUGCAGUGCAACAUGCGCUUCCCCACGCAGUCGUCGUUCGAACGGGCGCUUCCCCUGCUCAACGUGGCCGUGGCCUCGCUCCAUCCGCUGAACGAUGAGCAGAUCUAUCAGGCCAUCAACUCCGGGUCACUACAGGGUACGCUGGACUGGGAGGAUUUCCAGCAACGCAUGGACAACCUGUCUGUGUUCCUGGUGAAGAGGAGAGACGGCACCAGGAUGUUUGUUCACCCCUCCUUCAGGGAGUGGCUGAUCUGGAGGGAAGAGGGAGAGAAGACAAAGUUCCUCUGCGACCCCAGGAGUGGGCACACCCUACUGGCCUUCUGGUUCUCUCGACAAGAGAACAAGCUGAACCGACAGCAGACUAUUGAACUGGGCCAUCACAUCCUCAAAGCACAUAUCUUCAAGGGUCUCAGCAAGAAAGUCGGGGUUUCCUCAUCUAUCUUGCAAGGCCUGUGGGUUUCCUACAGCACAGAGGGCCUCUCAGCUGCACUGUCGUCACUCCGAAACCUCUACACUCCCAACAUCAAGGUGAGCCGGCUGCUGAUGCUGGGCGGUGCCAACGUGAACUACCGCACCGAGGUCCUGAACAACGCCCCCGUCCUGUGCGUCCACUCCCACCUGGGCUACAUGGACAUGGUGGCGCUGCUGCUGGAGUUUGGCGCCUCCGUCGACGCGUCGUCGGAAAGCGGGCUCACGCCGCUGGGCUACGCUGCCGCCGGGGGCCACAUGUCGAUCGUGACCGCGCUUUGCCGCAGGAGAGCAAAGGUGGACCACCUGGACAAGAACGGGCAGUGCGCUGUGGUGCAUGCGGCCCUGAGGGGCCACAUGGAGGUGGUGAAGUUCCUCAUUCAGUGUGACUGGGCCAUGGGACAACAGCAACCGCAGCAGUCGCCACAGGCCCAGCAGCAGACGACGUUCACAAAGAGCCACGCGGUUCAGCAGGCCCUCAUCGCUGCAGCCAGCAUGGGAUACACAGAGAUCGUGUCCUACCUGCUGGACCUGCCAGAGAAAGAUGAAGAGGAGGUGGAGAGGGCUCAGAUCAAUAACUUUGACACCCUGUGGGGGGAGACAGCUCUCACUGCAGCCUCUGGUCGGGGGAAGCUGGACGUUUGCCGCCUGCUGCUGGAGCAGGGUGCCGCCGUGGCCCAGCCCAACAGACGAGGCAUCGUCCCGCUGUUCAGCGCCGUGCGACAGGGACACUGGCAGAUCGUGGACCUUCUCCUCACACAUGGCGCAGAUGUCAACAUGGCCGACAAGCAGGGUCGAACUCCUUUAAUGAUGGCCGCCUCAGAGGGACAUCUGGGAACCGUGGAGUUUCUGCUCGCUCAAGGAGCGUCUCUGUCUCUGAUGGAUAAGGAGGGGCUGACCGCUCUGAGCUGGGCCUGUCUCAAAGGUCACCUGCCUGUGGUCCGCUGCCUGGUGGAGAGCGGCGCCGCCACCGACCACGCAGACAAAAACGGACGCACACCCCUCGACCUGGCAGCCUUUUAUGGUGAUUCUGAAGUGGUCCAGUACUUGGUCGACCACGGGGCCAUGAUAGAGCACGUAGACUACAGCGGGAUGCGUCCUCUGGACAGGGCGGUGGGCUGCAGAAACACGUCAGUGGUGGUCGCCCUGCUCAAGAAAGGAGCCAAGAUAGGAUGUCAGACGCUGCCCAGUCGGCCCCGAGGUCCAGCCACAUGGGCGAUGGCAACCUCCAAACCCGACAUCAUGAUCAUCUUACUCAGCAAACUCAUCGAGGAGGGGGACAGUUUCUACAAGAAGGGGAAGGUGAAGGAGGCAACGCAGCGCUACCAGUACGCCCUCAAAAAGUUUCCACGCGAAGGCUUCAGUGAGGACCUCAAGACGUUCAGGGAACUCAAAGUAUCGCUGUUCCUCAACCUGUCCCGAUGUCGCAGGAAAAUGAAUGACUUUGGGAUGGCUGAGGAAUUUGCUACUAAGGCACUUGAGCUAAAACCAAAAUCAUAUGAGGCGUAUUACGCCAGGGCGCGCGCCAAGCGUAGCAGCAGACAAUUUCCUGAAGCCUUGGAGGACCUGAACGAAGCCAUAAAGCAGUGCCCCAACAAUCGAGAGAUCCAGAGGCUGCUGCAGAGGGUUGAGGAGGAGUGUCACCAGCUGAACCAGGAAGAGCACCAGCAGCAGGACCUGGAGUUGGAGCCUCCUCCCUCCCCUCCUCCUACACCUCCCCCAGAUGAGGAGGAGUCCCUGUCCCUGUCCAUGCCACUUCCCCCUCCCCCAGAGCCCCGUCUGGAGGACAUGGAGCCUGUCCAGGACCUGUUUGAGGACGAGGACUACCUGGAGCAGGAGCUGGAGGCCAUGUCUAUGAGUCUGCCCCCACCUGAGACUCACGCCAAUCCUUCCAGCCUCCCCAUCAUCCAGAGCCCCCCGCUCUCCCCCACACAUCCUGAUCAGAUCUAUAUGCCUGGAGGGUCGCCUAUGGGCCUGCCCUAUGAAUAUCAUCCCACCUCCUCCUCCAUGUCCUCUCCAACGCGUGGAACAUACCAGUCCACAUCACCCUCCCUGUCCCCAACGCAUCAGAACUCCCACUAUCGACACAGCCCGCCUCACACUUCGCCUGUGCAUCAACCGUCUUACCGCUUUAGCCCGCCUCCUAUGGGUACCGGAGGUCAAGGGAUGGAUCACCAGAGCCCACCGCCGUCCCCUUUACGCCGAGCUGCUCAAUACAGAGCCAGUCCGCCAUUAGAGAGUGUUUGUCUGUACAGGUCCCAGUCUGGAUCACCUGUACGCUACCAGACAGAGCAGCACCCAGGUCGACCCAAAUCUCCCCUGUCGAAGAUGAGCAGCCAGCGUUCAUUUCAGCUGAGCUCACAGCCUUCUCUGUCCUCCCAGCACCACCAAGCCCAAGGCCUUCGCCUUCAGCCUUCAAUAGCCCAGAUAGUCCGCACAAACCAGCCCAGCAAUGUGAUGGCCAACAGCAGCUACGGUGGUCAGAUGGGCCACUCCAUGGGCAGCCGCUACCAAGGGGGCUCGGUGGACGUGGAGAGCCGGCUGGUGUACCAGCCCUCCUUGGAUGGACGCUCCAUGUCCCAGGUCCAGGCCAGCCUCAGUUCUGGGGCCCUCUGUCAGCACGGCGGCCGAGGAGGGGUUAUGGAGUCUGGCCUGUUGAAGGAUGAGCUACCCCAGCGCCCCUCCUCUGCCUACCGUGCCAGCAGCGGGGGCCCGGGGGGCAUGCGCUACAGCCAGACACCUCAGAUUAGCCGUAGCCAGUCAGCCGCCUACUACCCGGUCGCUGAGCACGUGCUGGAGCGCGCCAAUGCCAUGCCCCCCUGCCAGCUGGGCUCUCCUGAGAUCCCACAUAUGGUGAGACGCCCCGUCAGUGCCAAUACUACUGAGAUGAAGCAGCACGUGCCCACCCCCAGACCCCUUAUCCAUUCUCAGAGUGUGGGCCUGCGAUUCUCGCCCUCCAGCAACAACAUUUCUACUGGAUCCACCUCGAAUUUGGCGCCAGGGUUCAGGCCUUCCUCUUCCAUUCAACAGAUGGAGAUCCCUCUGCAGGCCACAUAUGAGCGCACCUGCGAUGACAUCUCUCCCAUCUCUCCCUCGCAGGGGGGUGGGGGGCUGUAUCAGGGUGAGCCCACCCGUUCUCGGAACACGCCCUUCAUGGGCAUUAUAGACAAGACGGCGCGGACUCAGCAGUACCUGCACCAGCCCACAAGGUCCAGGGCCAUGACGUCCAUGGAUUCGGCCAUUAGCCCCACCUCGCCUGGCCAACUGGUCCAGCAAGGCUCCACCUACAGCCCCCCCACCUCCCUGGGCAAUAUCGCCUAUUACAACAAGACCAACAACGCCCAAAAUGGACACCUCUUGGAGGAGGACUACUACUCCCAGACCCAGCCGCCCUCACUGGGCAAGCUAGCCAACGGUUCCCGCGGCAGUGGGGACAUCCUGGAGAGGGUCAGUCAGGUGCCCACCUACCCAGACGUGAAGGUGGCAAGGACUCUGCCUGUGGCGCAGGCCUACCAGGACAACAUGUACCGCCAGCUGUCACGUGACUCCCGGACCCAAGGCCCCACCUCCCCCAUCAAACCAAAGAGACCGUUUGUGGAGUCGAAUGUGUGAUGGCCUGUGUGUGAGUGGUUGGGUGGACUGGACUUGUUUGCGGGAGCGAGAGAAGAAAAAUAUUGAACCCUCGUGUAUGUGGCAUGGAAAAACUCACCUUGAAGAACUCACCAGAGACAGAUCCAGUCAGAGAAAACCACACAGCCGACUCAGACAGCCAGUUAGACGUGACCUUAUGUGAAGAGCAUAACGAACAGUGAAGCGUUUGUCAUUAUCAUAUACUGCAUACAGGUAAGAUAACAGGUCAGAUCUCAUACGGAAUUAAGACCAGUGCACUUCCAGAAUGUUGUGUCCCACUAGUGAACACAACAGGUGGGACAGUCAGAGUGAAAGUGACUCUACAUGUGGACUCUGUAUCCAUCUUCUGUUCUUUCAAAGUGUGCUCUUAACCAAGGUUGCUAGUAGGCUUUAUUCUAUGUAAUACAAUAUUAUAUGUUCAAUACUGUACAUUGCUCAGAAAAUAAAAGUGGCUCAACAACUCAGUACUUAGAGAAAAAUGACUAUUUAUAAUUAAGUUAUAUAUUGUACAUAGAAAUACAACAAAGCAUAGUUUGCGUUUGAAUUGUAUUCUGUUUAUCCCUGCCUUCGUGUCCCACUGCUAGUCAUAUGAAUGUGGAAAACCAAGCAGGGUAAGGAGGGAGGGACACAGGCCAACCUGAUGAUGAUGAUGAUGAUGAUAUAAUUACCUCUAUUGUGUUGUGCACAAGAAAAUGCUUUUUUAUGCUGCAAUACACCUUCAGAGAUCAUAACUAGGGCUGCGAUUAUUUGGGGUUAAGAUUUUAUCUUCUGUUACAUCUUAUUCUGUAAAGAUGCAGGUAUUUGUUCAGUUUGUAUAGUUGUACUGUAGGAGAAGCAGUUUGUUGUUGCUCAAUUGCAAAAAUAGUUGGCAAUUAAUUUUCUAUUAUAAAUAUCAGUUUUUAGACAUUCACUUCAUUCAGAUACGAGAAAGUGCAGGUUUUAGCUUGUGCUGGUAUUAAAUGCAUCAAGCAUCGAUUCUCCUAUUAUACGUCAUAAUUUGCAUCAUCAUUCAUGUUCAGGUAUGAUUUCUCACACUCAUCUUAUUAUCGCUCAUCUUGUUUUAUUUUUUAAAAAUAGGGCAAUAAAUUAAGGUUUAACUCUUCCUUAAGUGAAUAAUAGUGGUCAACCGAUGAAUGGGAAUCCUGUGACGGGCACACGAGUAUCAGUUUGCCUUUGUCCCUCCUCCGUAGGAAAUGACACUGUAAGGACGCGUGGAACAUUCUGAACAUAUGCUAGUGAUGGGUUAACCUGGAUCGUGCUCAGCAACUACAAGCAAGCAAAUGCAUACAUGAUGUUUCCCUUUAUCCUGGAUUAUUUUCUCAUUUUCUUCUGCCACUUCUGCACUAAUGCCUGUUCGGUUUCUGACUAAGGGUGCACUUUAUGUAUUUUACUUACUUUGUUGUUAUGAUUGUUGAACAUGGAGAAAGUGGGUGUGUGAUGGGUCGGACGUCCCACCAGAUAUUAUCACAGACAUAAUUAUUUUAUGAUUCAGCAGAGCAGUGGAUGACAAUAUGAAGAGCAAACAAUGUUUUUAACUUAGUGAGGCUGUAUAAAAUUUCUAGCACAAGUUGUAUAUAAUGGCUCAAAUAUCGCUCUCCGUCCAGCUCGGGUUUGUUAGUUCAGCGAGUGUGUUUCCAGCCAAUAUAUUCAUUCAAUAUCUAUUAAACCCCUCAAACUUCAAACGAACCAGCUUCAUCCGCUGGUGUUGCACAUGUCUUACAAAUAAGUUAAACCUACUGCAAAAAUACACAGAAUUACUGAGGUUUAAGUACAAUGAGUUCUGUGGAUAGAAAAGGAAAGUGGAACAAGUUAUUGUACAUGUGGAAGAAGUUAUGGACCGUUUGUCUGUAACAUUUUAUUAUGUUUCUCAUAUAGAAUAUCUAAAGAGACGACUCUCCUGUGGUCGUCCUCAGUUUCACCUGCUCCCAGAGUUAUCUUUACAGAAAUUAAAGUAUAAAGUGUAUUAUACUGAAAGACUUCUACAUUGAGGGUGUUCGAGGGCGUAUGGUACUGUCUGUGUAUAUAUUAGUUUGCUGUAUAUAGCCCGAUGCAUGUUCUAUUCUUUCCAUGAGCUCAAGCAGAAACAUGUAUAGCAGUGUCCUGACUGGUGUGUGAAACAAUGUUGGGAUUAAGAGAAGGAGACUGCUGCCCCUGAUCUGUCCCUAUCAUCUCCUUCAACCUCACCAGGCAACAACAAAAGGUUCUUUUCUUUUAUUUUAAUGUAUUUGCUUGCUGAGCAGAGUUCUCUUGUCUGUAAAUGUGAGCUUUCAGAUCGCUGUGACAAAAAGUUUAAUUAAAAACAAUAAAAAAGAAUGUGUUUUUAUCUCAUGAUAACUGAUUGUAAUCUGUACAGUCAAACAUAUGUACUGGAAAAAAAGAACAUAUUUAUAAAUGGUUACCAACUGAAA